CAGCCCAAAUCAACGUCCGGGUCACGAGGUUAAAAGCUGAAAUGUUUUGGUUUUGAAGUCUUCCAUGAUUUAUUUAUCAUUUUAGUUUGCUUGGAACGUUACACUCGCUAGCUAGCGUUAGUAGCGGUACAGAUGGACGCUUUGCACAGACACCGUUCACUUUAUAAAGGAACAACUCCGCCAUGGAAAGAAACAUACCGCAAGCGCUGUGUAGACAGACUAAAAAACAGCCGGUCGAGGCUACUGGAGAGAUAUCGUCAGACGGGAGAGAGCCAGCAGCGCAGCGGCUCCGGGGCCUCUAUCAUCGUCCAGGAGGUAAUGGAGGAGGAGUGGACCGCCCUGCAGUCAGAGGACCGGAGACUGCCCUCGCUAUGGGGGCCAGAGGGAAUGGCAGAGCAGAUGUUCAGUGUCAUGAAAGAGUAUGAUGAACUGGCAGUACUGGAAGAAAUCCAACACGAGCUCAUGUCUCAAGAAAUGUCUAUUAUUGAAGAGUUUGAGAGGAACAUGCAGUUUGAGCAGCAGUACAUAUCAUCUGUUGUGGAGGGGAUGGAGGAGAUGCAUAUUAUUUGCCCCAUAUGUCACAUGAACAACUUGAACAUCAACAGCCAUUUCAUCUCUUGUCCCUGUGGACUGAACAUUAACAAUACGAAACAGAACAUCACGCCUGAUAUCCUGCAGCAUCUUCUGGAGUCCACGGUAUCCGAGCACACGGAGGACUGUUUCCACAACCCGGUUUUCUCUGUAGCUCCAAACACAGACAGCUCUCUCAACCUGAUCAUAAGCUGCCAGGUUUGUGACUACCUGUCCAUUGUCCUGUGAAAGCAGAUGCCACUUUUAUUUUUAUAUUAUUACUUUAACGUGUGAUAUUUGAUUUUUGAGUUUUUUGUGCUCUCUGUAUAUAUUGUGAAAUAAAGACUUCUGAAUUGAA